CCGCCGAGUGGCCUUCGAGCCGCGGGGAAGUGGCGGCGCCGGCGCCGCUGCUGUCGGACGAGAGCUUCGGCGACACGGCGCGAACGCCAACUUCAGGGAGACGGCGGUGGAGUAUCUCCUAGUGUGGAGGCCGCGGAGGAGCACCUCUGCUUCGGCGCCGGGUCGGCGAUGAGGCGUGGGGUCAUGUGCGUGAUGGUUAGCUUCUGCUCGAAUGGCCUUGCCACUGUUAAGGUAAGGAGAAGAAGCACCAUACAGUUGUUCAGCACUCUGUCGUUGUGCUGCAGAUACGUAUUAUGUCGUUGAUCGUGACUGCUGCAUACCUUCAUGGUUCACGCUUUCGGCUUCGGAACAUCCGUCGUCUCCGGUGGUGGAUGAAGGAGCGGCAUUAUUACUCGCGGAUGCGUCUUCGGGGUGGUCGCGAGAAGAAUGAACACGGAUGAAUGGAACACAAUGAGCUGCCAGAGAUGACAAUUGUCCAAGAGGGAGUGCAGUGAUCAUAGCACGAGACACAUGAUGAUUUAUGACUAAUACUACUAGCAAUACAUACACUGAUCUUCGGUUCCAGAGGACGGCAACAGAGGUCAUUGCCUGGCAGAAACGGGGGACAGAGGAACUUAUCGAAGAAUUAUCGUCCCCCAGUGACUGCAUUAGGUGCCUCUUGAAUGUCUCCAGCUGCAAGUGUCAUCCGGUGCUCCUGUGAUGGCGGCUCCAAGAAGAGCGUGAGCGGCAGCUUGUUCCCCUGCUCAUCAACUGCUGCCGCGGGCUCCCUCAGGUCCACCAGGUCGCUGGUCCUAGAAGGGCGUCGUUGCGCUGAUUCUUCGAUUCGAGGGGGACUUCUGUUGCGCGUUUCUUUUCUUUUCUUUAUUUCUUUCUAGAAAAAUGGAAUGCGUCGUUGCAUUUCGCCCGCUACGACGACAACGACAACUACAGCGGCCGUGACCUCGUCAUCCCCAGCUUCUUCUUGCAGGGAUGUUGAUUCUGCAGACAUGCUCGAGCCGCACAAUGCACCGACCAGUAAGGCCCGUCUGCUAUCUCUGAUGGAGACCGGCCUCUCCUCCACUGUUGGGAUGUCACGUCUCGGACGGUGGUUGACGAAGGAGGACAACGACGCGGUGUACCUCAAGGUGCCAAUGUCGGGGAUGACGAAGGAGCAAGUGAAGGUGAGGGCGGAGAAGAACAUCCUGGUGAUCAAGGGCGAGGGCGAGAAGCAGCCCUGGGACAGCGAAGACGACUCCGCGGUGCCGAGGUACAACCGCCGCAUGGAGAUGCCUGCUGACGUGUACAAGAUGCACAAGAUCAAGGCUGAGAUGAAGAAUGGCAUCCUCUGGGUGACCCUGCUCAAGGUGAAGGAGGAGGGGCCCAAGAACAUCUUCCACGUCAAUCUCAAGUUGAGAGGCGAGUCAAGUAGUCCUUAGUGGUAGUACUCAUGGAAGAUGGCCCGUGCGAGAGUAUGAGACGCCUUGUUGAUUUGGUGAUGUUUGGUGUCUUUCUUUCUUUGUUUUGCUUCGUUGAUCGUCUUGGAUCGUAGUCUGGUGGUGAAGUUGGUUUAAUUUCCUCAAGUUUGGCAUAUGAUGAACUUACAUUGGUGGUGAAAUUGGUCAUGAAACUAUGUUGAUUUCCUCAAGUUUGGCAUAUGGUGAACU